UUUCAAGACUAGACAGUCAUAUUAUCUUAUCUGAUAUACAUAGUAAUAAAUAAUUAAAGCUGAGACACAGAAAAAAGGCAAAGCCUGAGUGGCCGUGGCCAUGGCCAUGGAUAAAUAUGAGGCGGUCUUCAUCUCCACUCCUUCCAUCGGCAACCUGGUUCCUACCGUCGAAUUCGCCCACCACCUAACUCGUCAUGACCCUCGCUUCUCCGCUACCCUUCUCAUAAUCACGGUGCCCGAGAGAACCAUCGUCAACCUUUACACUCAAUCACUUGCCACUGCUAUCUCUCACUCUCACUCUCAUGUCAAUUUCAUCCAUCUCCCUACCAUUCAACCUCCCACUCCUGAUCAGUACCAAUCUUCUUUGGGUUACACAUCCCUCCUCAUAGACAAGCACAAGCCCCACGCCAAGCACGCCAUCUCCACCCUCAUGUCAACUACUUCUGUUGCUGCUCUCUUUGUUGACAUGUUUACUACUUCCAUGAUUGAUGUUGCCCAAGACCUUGGCAUUCCUUGCUAUCUCUUCUUUGCUUCUCCAGCCAGCUUUUUGGGGUUUAUGCUUCAUUUGCCAGCGCUAGACACACAACUAGCUGUCGACUUUGUUGACUCCGACUCCCAGUCUGGGUUUAUCGUUCCCAAAGACUCUGCAGUGGAGUUGAUCGUCCCCACUUUUUCUAAACCUUUGCCCCCAAGCAUGUUGCCCUCCCAUGUGCUAAAGAGAAACAAGGAUGGUUAUUUCUGUUUCUUAGAGAACGCACGCAGGUACACAGAGACAAUAGGUAUCGUAGUAAACACGUUUCUUGAACUGGAGCCCCAUGCCAUUGAGUCGCUAUCCAUCAGUGGGUUACCUCCAGUUUACCCAGUGGGUCCGAUUCUGGAUCAUGCUGGAGCGUCCCGAUGGCAUCCGGAUGGAGCUCAGCAACAGGAUUCCAUCAUGGAAUGGCUUGAUCAACAGCCUCCCUCUUCAGUGGUAUUCCUCUGCUUCGGGAGCAUGGGGAGUCUAGAAGGACCCCAAUUGAGAGAGAUCGCAAUUGGGUUGGAGAGUUCUGGGUAUCGAUUUUUAUGGUCCAUCCGCGAGCCACCCAAAGGCAAAUUAGAUCUCCCAGGUGAGUACACCAAUGUAGAGGCUGCUUUGCCGGCGGGGUUUCUGGAUCGGACGGCUGGAUUGGGGAUUGUGUGUGGGUGGGUUCAGCAAGUGAGAGUAUUGAGCCACCAAGCAAUUGGAGGGUUUGUAUCACACUGUGGGUGGAACUCCAUAUUGGAAAGUGUAUGGCACGGGGUUCCUAUUGCAACAUGGCCAGUGUAUGCGGAGCAACAAAUGAAUGCAUUUGAGUUGGUGAAAGAGCUGGGAUUGGGUGUGGAGAUAAGGUUGGAUUACAGGGAGGGUAGUGAUUUGGUAGUGGCUGAGGAGUUAGAAAGAGGGUUGAGGCGUUUGAUGGACGGAGAAGAUGAAGUGAAGGCCAAGGUAAGGGAAAUGGAGGCCAAGAGUAGGAUGGCACUGAUGGAAAACGGUUCCUCCUAUAAAUCCUUAACAUCCCUAAUUCAGGAAAUUAGCUGUAGAAUACAAGGUUCUGAGGUGAAAUACUGAACCGUUUGGAAAGACAGAACUAGCUACAAAUGUAUUGUGGUCACUUUCUCACAAUGGUUAUAUUUAUUGAAAUGCUUUAUUUGUA